AAAGAAUUUAACUGCGCAAAAGUCCUGUGUGCUGACGGAUGUCCAAAGUUCAGAACUUUUUCAAUGUGCGUUUCGAGUGGACACAAGGAUGGGGACAGCUUAAACGCAGCAAUCUGCGCCGUGACUCCGAGUUUUCUCCUCUUUUUGCUUUUGAGAAGCUGAGAUCUGAGCAGCAUUCAGAGGGAGAAGUUGGAACUUUUUUUCUUUCUGUCUUCAUUUUGGAGCUUUAUUUAAUUUUUCUUUUUUAACGGAUCACAGUAAAAAAAAAAAAAAAAAAAAAAAAAAGCCAUGCAGGCUCGCUACUCCGUCUCCAGCCCCAACUCCCUGGGUGUCGUGCCGUACAUCAGCAGCGACCCGAGCUACUACCGGGCCGCAGCCGGUGGGGGAUACACGGGAAUGGCAGCGCCAAUGAACAUGUACUCUCACGCGGCUCACGACCAGUAUCCCGCCAGCAUGGCCCGUGCGUACGGACCGUACACCCCCCAGCCUCAGCCCAAGGAUAUGGUGAAGCCCCCUUACAGCUACAUCGCGCUCAUCACCAUGGCUAUCCAGAACUCGCCCGACAAGAAGGUGACCCUGAACGGGAUUUACCAGUUUAUCAUGGAGAGGUUUCCAUUUUACCGAGACAACAAGCAGGGCUGGCAGAACAGCAUCAGGCACAAUCUGUCGCUCAAUGAGUGUUUUGUCAAGGUGCCCCGCGAUGAUAAAAAGCCCGGAAAAGGCAGCUACUGGACCUUGGACCCGGACUCUUACAACAUGUUUGAAAACGGGAGCUUCCUGAGGCGGAGGCGACGCUUCAAGAAGAAGGACGCGCUGAAGGAGAAGGAAGAGCGGCUGCAGAAGGAGCCGCCGCCGCGGCAGCAGGGCCGGGAGCAGGAGCAGCCGGUGCAGGGCUCCCAGCCCGUCCGGGUCCAGGAUAUUAAGACCGAGAACGGGGCCGUCACGCCGCCGCAGGCCGACUCGCCCUCCCUGAGCACCGUCCCCAAGAUCGAGAGCCCGGACAGCAGCAGCAUGUCCAGCGGGAGCCCGCACAGCAUCCCCUCCAGCAGGUCCAUCGGCAUGGACAGCUCCGAGCACCACCAGCACCACAGCCAGGCCUCGACGCAGGGCUUCAGCGUGGACAACAUCAUGACCUCCCUCCGGGGGUCUCCGCAAGGGGCCACCGAGCUCGCCUCCGGCCUCAGCGCCUCCACCAGGACAGGUAUAACCCCGUCUUUGUCCUUAAACUAUUCCCCGAGUCAGACGUCUGUCUAUAGUUCACCGUGUAACCAGAACUCCAUCUCCACUACCUCCAACGCGACCUACCAUUGUAACAUGCAAGCCAUGAGCCUUUACGCCGGGGACAGAUCGAGCCACUUGGCACCGAGCACCACGGUGGACGAGACGUUGCCAGAUUACUCGGUCACGACCACCUCGUCCUCCCUGAGCCACGGUAAUCUAAACUCUGGGCAGGAGGGCCACCACCCCCACCAAGGGAGGCUCACCUCAUGGUACCUCAACCAGGCCGGAGACCUGGGCCACCUGGGCGCAGCCUACCCGGCACAGCAGCAGAACUUCCACUCAGUCAGAGAGAUGUUUGAGUCCCAGAGAAUUGGCUUGAAUAACUCGCCGGUCAAUGGGAAUAACAGCUGUCAGAUGUCAUUCCCACCGAGCCAGUCCAUCUAUCGCACUUCGGGAGCUUUCGUAUAUGACUGCAGCAAGUUCUGACC